AUGUCUAAGCAGAAGGAGGACGUUCUCCUCAUGGUUAAGCAUGUGAAGUAUAAAAAGGUUGACGGCACUCUGUAUGUGAAUUCUGGUCGUGUUGCAUGGCGCAAUCAGACAUCGGACUCGUUUAGAAUUAGUGCGCCAUUCGAGGACAUUCGAAUGCAGCGUGUCAGCCCAGAUCAAAAAGAGAAAGUUCAGCUCCAGCUGUUAAUGCACAACAAUGAAUCCUUCACUUUUCAAUUUUCGGAUCCUGUUGGUCGAGAGAAGCAGCAGGAAAUGCGAAAUCGCGUCAAGGAAAUGCUCCAGAAUUUAUUACCGAAAUUUAAAGACAAAGCGCAUUCUGAAUUAAACGAAAAGUUUCGCUUAUUGGAAGCAAAUCCUCAGCUCUUGGCCCUAUAUAAGGAGUUGGUAGUAACCGGUAUCCUCAGUUCCGAAGAGUUUUGGGCUCGUCCUGAAGAUCGGAUUCAAAUAAAACAGGACGACGUUUUCGGUGAGUGUGCAGCACAGGAUGAACGCAUACUUCAAAGUGAACUUCGCAAGUCCCGUAGAAUGCGUCUAUCAACUCAUCUAAACGUAGGCGAGUUGGAGGAUAAAAAUGCCUUCGAGGGUUAUGGAACCGAUCUCACAGACACAAAUGUCACGCCAGUUGCCUCAGCCCCAGUUACGCCGAAUGCUUCUGACCAGAAGCUUUCCGCUAAUCAACUACUGCUUCGACGGUUUAAUAUGCACUCGAUUAUGAUUUUACGAUCCCUUUCUUCGAUUGAUCCUCCUGGCCAACAUCCAGUAAAUCACUUGGACCCUACUCAUAAUGAGGCAUCCUACAAAGAGCUUGCUUCCAGUGGCCAUCUCAAAGAGCGCAUAUUUCCUAUGGAGUUGCGCGAUGAAGCGCCAGAGGCAACAAUAUCUUUGCAUCUGGAGAAUACUAAAGACUAUUUUGAGGGGCCGACUGUCGCUCAGUCAAAGCCA